GGGCAUGAGGCCCCGCCCCGCGGAAGCGCUGGGUCCUGGCGCCGGGGCGCGGCCGCCGCUGCUGUCGCGACAUGUCGGCGCCGCGGCGGGCGCGGCUGAAGCCCUGGCUGGUGGCGCAGGUGAGCAGUGGCCUCUUCCCGGGGCUGCACUGGCUCGACCCCCAGCGCCGCCGCUUCGCCAUCCCCUGGCGCCACGCCACGAGGCACCCCGGCCACGGCGACCAGCACAGCAUCUUCAGGGCGUGGGCGCAGGAGACUGGCAAGUUCCGGGCGGGGGUGGACGAGCCGGACCCGGCCAAGUGGAAGGCAAACCUGCGGUGCGCCCUCAACAAGAGCCGCGAGUUCCGACUGCUCUUCGACGGCACCAAGGCCACCCCCCUGCAGCCCUACAAGGUCUACGAGAUCUGCGAGGCGCCGCCGGAGGGCGCAGAUGAGGUGGUUGAUGAUGACUAUGACUGUGGUGAGGAGGAGGAGGUCAACCAGCUCCAUAAGAUGAUGUCUCUGAGCAUCGAUGACACCCAGCAGCAUGGGGCAGACCUGCUGCCACCCUACUCUUGGCCCAAGGAGGAGACCCACCUGGGCAGUGGUUGCCCCUUGGGACCGUUUGUGCCACCAACUCCAGUCCUGGGGGGCACCCAUGGGACCCUUGAGAUGUCCUCAGCCACCCUCACUGAGGUGGGACCUGCUCUGGGCACCUUGGGACCCCCAGCUGCAUGUCCCAUGGCACCCAUGGGGAAUGCCAUCCCCAACCUGCUCAUCAGUCCCCACAUGCUGCCCCUGACCGACCUGGAGCUGAAGUUCCAGUACCGCGGCCGGCAGGUGUCGGUGCUCACCGUCAGCAACCCGCACGGCUGCCGCCUCUUCCACAGCAGCCUGGAGCCGCGGCAGGAGCAGGUGGAGCUGUUCGGGCCGCUGAGCCUGGAGCAGGUUCGCUUCCCGCCCGCCGACGCCAUCCCCAACGAGAAGCAGCGCUUCUACACGCGGCAGCUGCUGGACGUGCUGGACCGCGGGCUCCUGCUGGAGCUGCAGGGCCAGGACCUCUACGCCCUCCGCCUCUGCCAGUGCAAGGUGUUCUGGACGGGGCCCUGCGCCCCCCAGCGGGACCGCCCCAACCCCAUCGAGAGGGAGAGGAAGACCAAACUCUUCAGCCUCGAGGGCUUCCUCAACGGCCUGAUCCUGUUCCAGAAGGGGCAGAGCAGCACCCCCCCGCCCUUCGAGAUCUUCCUCUGCUUCGGCGAGGAGUGGCCUGACCAGAAGCCCAAGGAGAAGAAGCUGAUCACGGUGCAGGUGGUGCCGGUGGUGGCGCGGCUGCUGCUGGAGAUGUUCUCGGGAGAGCUGUCCUGGUCUGCUGACAGCAUCCCCCUCCAGAUCUCCCACCCCGACCUCAAGGACAAGAUGGUAGAACAGUUCAAGGAGCUCCACCAGCUCUGGCAGAACCAGCAGCAGCUCCCCGCCGGGCAAGCAGGAGCUGACGCCACCCCCAUGGGGCACUGGGUGUUGCCACAGUGACCACGAGAGAUGCCCACCCGCAUGGAGGUGGCUCCACACACACCCCCCCGAGGAGAGAACAUCACCCACCAGCUCCAGCCCCUCCUCUUCUUCCUUCUCCUCCUCUUCUUUUUUCCU